ACGAAUAAUUUUCCUUGGCUAACAGCGAUUCUUCUUUUGCCCAUAUCCGCGGGUUCUUCAAUUCUGUUUAUACCUCAGAGAGGAAAUAAAGCGGUUCGGUGGUAUACUAUAUGUAUAUGCUUAUUAGAACUUCUCCUAAUGACCUAUGUAUUUUAUUAUAAUUUCCAAUUGGACGAUCCAUUAAUCCAAUUGGAAGAGGAUUGUAACUGGAUAAAUCUUUUUGAUUUUCACUGGAGACUAGGAAUUGAUGGACUUUCCAUAGGUCCCAUUUUAUUGACGGGAUUCAUCACUACUUUAGCUACUUCAGCGGCUUGGCCAGUUACUCGAAAUUCGCGAUUAUUUCAUUUCCUGAUGUUAGCAAUGUAUAGCGGUCAAAUAGGAUCAUUUUCUUCUCGGGACCUUUUACUUUUUUUCAUCAUGUGGGAGUUAGAAUUAAUUCCUGUUUACCUACUUUUAUCGAUGUGGGGAGGAAAAAAACGUCUGUAUUCAGCUACAAAAUUCAUUUUGUACACCGCAGGAGGUUCCAUUUUUCUCUUAAUAGGAGUUCUGGGUAUGGGCCUAUAUAGUUCCAAUCAACCCAUGUUGAAUUUUGAAACAUCAGCCAAUCAAUCGUAUCCCGUGGGAUUGGAAAUCCUAUUCUAUUUCGGCUUCCUUAUUGCUUAUGCUGCCAAACCACCGAUUAUACCCCUACAUACAUGGUUACCAGAUACUCAUGGAGAGGCGCAUUACAGUACAUGUAUGCUUCUGGCUGGAAUCUUAUUAAAAAUGGGAGCAUAUGGGUUGGUUCGAAUCAAUAUGGAAUUAUUACCCCAUGCUCAUUCUCUAUUUUCUCCUUGGUUGGUAAUAGUGGGAACCCUUCAAAUAAUCUAUGCAGCUUCAACUUCUCUUGGCCAACGCAAUUUAAAAAAGAGAAUAGCCUAUUCCUCCGUAUCUCAUAUGGGUUCCACAAUCAUAGGAAUUGGUUCCAUGACCGAUACGGCACUCAAUGGAGCCAUUUUACAAAUAAUUUCUCAUGGAUUUAUUGGUGCUGCACUUUUUUUCUUGGCAGGAACAAGUUACGAUAGAAUACGGUUUCUUUAUCUCGACGAAAUGGGAGGAAUAGCUAUACCAAUGCCAAAAAUAUUUACUAUGUUCAGUAUCUUUUCGAUGGCCUCUCUCGCAUCGCCAGGAAUGAGUGGUUUUGUUGCAGAAUUUUUGGUCUUUUUGGGAAUAAUUACCAGCCCAAAAUAUCUUUUCAUCCCCAAAAUACUAAUUACUGUUGUAAUGGCAAUUGGAAUGAUAUUAACUCCCAUUUAUUUAUUAUCUAUGUCACGCCAGAUGUUCUAUGGAUACAAACUAUUCAAUGUUCCAAAUUCUUACUUUGUAGAUUCUGGACCGCGAGAAAUAUUUAUUUUAAUCUCUAUCCUUCUACCUGUAAUGGGUAUUGGUAUUUAUCCUGAUUUCGUUCUUUCACUAUCAGUUGAUAAGGUAGAAGCUAUUUUAGCAAAUUACUUUAAUGGAUAG